UUUCUUCUGUGGUUGAGUUGUCAACAAACUUAAGUCCACUAUUUUAAAUCAAUUUUCUUCUAAACCGACUAACUAAAAUUGAAAUUUAUUUUUCCCCAUAUUUUGAUCCUAUAAAUAGACUCUCCUCCUUUCCUUUUUCUCAAACGGUACUCAACAAAAGUCAUAUUCCUCUUUUACUAUCUCUUUUGCGCUUUAUUCCACUUCUCUUUGCUCCUCGUCCAAACUCCAAAGGCCAGAAUGGCGUACUCAAAGAUAAUCGUUGCUCUAAUGUUUACUUUGGUGGUUGGAUCUGCAUUUGCUCAGGCACCGGGAGCAUCUCCGGCAGCUUCUCCGAAGAGUUCUCCACCACCUGUAGCAUCGUCACCUCCGGUUGCUACUCCUCCAUCUGCAGUAACACCUGUCUCUGCUCCUGCAAAUGCUCCUACUACUGCUUCUUCUCCAUCUGAAUCUCCAUUGGCAUCUCCUCCAGCUCCACCAACCGUCGGUACCCCGGCAUCAUCUCCUUCCGGUGGUGCUGCUCCUCCAUCCAUCAGUGCCUCUCCCAGCGGUUCUCCUACCACAUCUCCCAACUCUGCUUCCUUGAACAGAGUUGCCGUCGCCGGAUCUGCUGUUGUAGCUAUUUUUGCUGCUACUUUGAUGCUUUAAUUCUCUGAUCUGUGAAAUAUUUUUUGUUAUAUAUUGCCGGAGCCGACGACUUUUAUGGACGGCGGUAGUCGUGGCCGCUGUUGAUUCUUUCUUACUGCUACUAUUUGUUGUCGAUUAUUACUGGAUUCUUUGUUUAUUUAUGGAGACAUGUAUUCAUCAACUAGUUAAUAAUUUGUUCUGUUGAAGAGCUUUCAUAUUUUAUUUAAUUGGAACGUUUCUAUAAUUUCAA